AUGCUACGAUCAUCUUUUCUUUGUAAUUCAAAAAAAUGGAAUCUACUGCAAAGACUUGUUCAUUCAGAAGCUAUUACUUAUACUGAGCAUGGCGAUCCAGAACAGGUUUUACGUUUCUCAUCCACUCCAGUACAUCCGUUUGCAAAUGACGAGGUUUUGGUAAAAGUUUACGCGGCCCCUAUUAAUCCAUCGGACAUCAACACGAUACAAGGUACUUAUCCAAUCAAACCAAAACUACCUGCUGUUGCUGGGAAUGAAGGUGCGGGUAAAAUUAUUGCGUGUGGGAAGAACGUGGAUGGUUUCUCCGUAGGCGAUACAGUUAUUCCUUUGGAAUUAGCGUCAGGGACAUGGCAAACAUACUGGUGUGGUAAAGCUGACAGUUUCUUGAAGAUAAAACAUCCCAUCCCGAUAUCUCAUGCUGCAACAUUAGCAAUUAAUCCUAGCACUGCACUUCAUUUACUCAAUAAUUUUGUAGAACUUCAAAAGGGCGAUACUUUAAUUCAAAAUGGUGCGACUAGUGCUGUUGGAAUAUACGUGAUCCAAAUAGCAAAAAUAUUAGGACUUAAUACAGUGAACCUGUUUCGUGAAAGAGAUACACCUGAAGCCACAGAAGAAACACGUAAUCUUCUUAAAAGUUAUGGAGGUACAUGGUGUCUCACAGAGUCUGAAUACAUGGAACGAGCAAAAGAAAUAGGCCCUUUCAAACUUGCAUUAAACUGCUUAGGGGGGAAACCUGCAUCGAUCUUGGUGAAAAACCUAAGUCAUUCCGGGACUAUGGUUACAUACGGUGGAAUGACACGGAAUCCAAUGUCCUUACCCGUUGGUCCAUUCAUUUUUAAAGAUAUCAGUUUACGCGGUUUUUGGCUGUCUAAUUUCAAUCUACAUCAGUCCACUUCAAAAAGACAACUUACUAUCGACCAAUUAUCAAAAUGGUUUUCUGAAGAUCUCAUUAGACCCUCACCAUUUGAAGAAAUUCCUUUCAAAGAAUGGCGUAAGGCGUUACAUAUGUCAUUAUUCAGUGAUUCAGCACCAACAAGUAUUAGAAAAAAGUCUGUUUUGAUUAUGGAAUGA